ACUCGCACGGCGAACAACGCGGCGCGCUUGCGUCUCUACAGCUGCUCUCAGAACUUGGCAAAGUGAAUUGAAAUUUUGUGAUCGUCGCGCAGUUGUCGGCUGACGUCACACGUGCGAGCUUAGUGCAAAUGACGAGAGCAAUAACACGGUAAAGCGUGCAAAACAGUGUAAGCUGGAACAAAAACUAAAGAAAUAAAGAAAAAAAGAAAAACACAGAGCAGAGAUAUAGAAAACAUAGGCAAAUCGCAAAAGAAAAACAAAAUGCAUCGAAGCUGUUGCUAUUUGACGUGGACGACGCUGCUGCUGGCGGCGUUGCUGAUGGCGGUCGUAAGGUCAGAGGAAUGCGGCCAGGAGGAGUUCACCAAGUGCGCCGAACCACUUGAAAUGCUGCAUUUAACGUCGGAAUUUUCGAUUGGCGCUGCCAAGAAGGACGAAUUGGAUAAACUUUGUCAUGAGCUGCGAAAGGGCGUCCGCUGCAUUCAGAGCUAUACGCGUCGCUGCAUGGAUCUGCAGCAGCGGAACCAGUUCAAUAAGCUCUACCAUGGCACCAACCAGUUCAUCCGGGAUCUGUGCAACAAGGGCGAGUUCCAGGAGGAGUAUCUGAAGCAUGCGCCCUGCUCGGAGAUGGCCAAAAAGGAUUUCGAGGUGUGCGCCAAUCGCUACAAGGAGACAAUGGUCUUUCUCAAGCCCAACAAGAACCAGGAGACUCCAGAGAAUGGCACUCUAAACGAGAAUAUUAAAACCAUUUGCUGUUCUAUAAAUGAGUUGGUGGAUUGCUCGGAAAAUGCCGCUCGCAAGAUUUGUGGCAACGAUGCGGCCAAGUUUACACGAGAGCUGGUCGACAAAUACGCAAAUAGCUUAACCAAGAUCUAUUGCGAGGACUUCACACGACAUCCGCAUAUAUGUCGCGAUGGGGAAGGCGAUGGGGCUAGCGCGAUAAAUCGCAACAGUUUCGGGAUGCUCGUAUCUGUGUUGCUGCUACUGCUGGUCAGAUAGAUGGACAGGGUUGCCACCAAACACAGUUAAGUUCUGUUUUUCAAUCUAGCGGAAAGCCAACAAAAUACACACAACCACAGACCCACACACACAUAAAUAUAAUUAUACAAUAGUUAAGGUUUCUAGAACACAAUGGUACAGCGUUAAAAGGUGCCAGUCCCCCCUACUUCCUAAAAAACAGAAAGAAAACAACCAAAAACCAAUAUUUCGGCAAUUUCUUAUACAUGUUAUUUGUUGCAUAAACUUGCGGGCUUUGUUUAGAGUUGCCAAUCACAAAAAUGAGUGUGCAAAAGAGUUGUAUAAGUGUAGUCUACUUAUAAAGUAAAUGUAAUAGCUAAGCGUAUAGUCAGUGUGUACACAUACUCUAUAAUAAUAUAUAUAUAUAUAUAUAUAUAUAUGUAACUGUACAGUUGCAGCAGGUUAAGUAAGUUGGAAAGUCUUCAUAGGAAUAUAGGUUAGUGUCUACAAAUAUGUUGAAUGUUUCUUCUAGAGGAUAGCAAAUGUUGUUGGCAGUUGGCACUCAAAACAAUAAGUGCAAUAAUAUGUUAAUGGAGCUGUCACAGGUUCUCAAAAGGCAAAAAUAUAUAUAGCAUAUGUAUACUAUAAAUUUAGUUAUAAUUGAUUUGGCUAAGUGUGUUGCCUUCGUAUCUAGUUGGAAAUCAGCAAUUGUGAGUUCAAUUCUAAUCAAAUAUUUUAGCUAAAAUUUCAGCAGCUGGAAUACACACACAUACACACACACGCACAAUAUAAACACGCACAAUUUAUAUAUAAAAAGAAAAAAACCCACACACACAUAUCGGCAAUGAAUUAAAGUGCAUUUCUUAAUGAAUUUUAUAAUUAUUUCUAAAAAGGGAAUAGUUAAUUUGCAACUACGUACAUUAUGUAUAACUAUUUAUUCAAACUUUAUAAUAAAGUUGAGCACUUAUUUAAAGACACCAAAAUGUAAAUAUGCUAAAAAUGUAACAAAGUUUAUAAAAAGAAAAAAAGGUAUAAAAAAAAAACGAAAAGCAAAACGAAAAAAAUAAAAUAAUCAAUAUAUGAUAAUGGCAUACAAAUAUUACAAGCAUUACAAAACAAAAUGAACAUUAGUGUAACUUAAAAAACUGUGAAUAUAUUAUAAUUAAAGAGCAACAUUUAUUUUAAGCAAAAACUAUACACAAACACACACACACAC